UUUCAUUUCUUCAUUUCUCUUUUUGUUUCAAACACCGGGGUGUCCAACACACUGCCCUGCCUGCUGCACACUUUCCCCUGUGACUUUGACUGCGUGAUCUACCAUGACAACUGAAUCAGGAGCAGACUCGGAGGCCAAGCAGUCGCAGGAGAACAAGGAGACGGAGAAAGCUAAAGCAGCAGCAGCCGCCGCCGAACCCGCCUCGCCUCAGAACCAGCCGGAGCAGCUUCCCGCCGCCGCCGGACACAGCACCCCGGCCAGGACAGAACAGGAGCAGGAGGAGGGGGACCAGGUAUCCCACAGGUCAUCCACCAGUCGUCUCUCCAGGUCUCCUUUGAAAGGAGUGAAGAAGACGAAGAUCAUGGAGUGUAAAGUCACCCUGCUGGAUGGCUCCGACUUCACCAUCAAUGUGGAGAAACGAGCUAGGGGCCAAGUUCUCUUUGACAAAAUAUGUGACCACCUCAAUCUACUGGAGAAGGACUACUUUGGCAUCACAUGCAGAGAUGUAGAGAAUCAGAAGAAUUGGCUGGACCCUUCCAAGGAGCUAAAGAAGCAGAUCAGGACCGGUCCCUGGAACUUUGCUUUCAACGUCAAGUUUUACCCUCCAGACCCCUCCCAGCUGACUGAGGAUAUCACAAGGUACUACCUGUGUCUGCAGCUGAGAGAUGACGUGGUUUCAGGCCGUCUGCCCUGCUCCUUUGCCACCCACACGGUGCUGGGCUCCUACACAGUGCAGUCUGAACUGGGAGACUACGACCCCGAGGAAUUAGGCAGCGACUACAUCAGCGAACUGCGCUUCGCACCCAACCAAACCAAAGAGCUGGAGGAGAAGGUCAUGGAGCUCCACAAGACCUACAAGGGGAUGACCCCAGCCGAAGCAGAGAUACACUUCCUGGAAAAUGCCAAGAAGCUGUCCAUGUUCGGCGUGGACCUCCACCACGCUAAGUUGGUAGGGAGUCUCUAUGAGUUGGCUCCAGGUGAGGGAGAGGACUCUGAGGGCGUGGAGAUCAUGUUGGGAGUUUGUUCAAGUGGCCUGCUCAUCUACAGAGACAGGUUGCGAAUCAACCGGUUCGCUUGGCCAAAAAUCCUGAAGAUCUCCUACAAGAGGAACAACUUCUACAUCAAAAUCCGGCCCGGCGAGGUGAGGCAGUUUGAGCAGUUUGAAAGCACAAUUGGUUUCAAACUUCCAAAUCAUCGUGCUGCCAAAAGGCUGUGGAAGGUCUGUGUGGAGCACCACACCUUCUUCAGGCUCAUAUCCCCCGAGUCUCAACCAAAGAAGUUCAUGAGCCUCGGCUCCAAGUUUCGCUACAGCGGCAGAACGCAGGCUCAGACCCGUAGGGCCAGCUCCAUGAUCAUCAGACCUGCUCCACUCUUCGAACGCUCCACCAGCAAGCGCUACAACAUGUCCCGCAGCUUGGAUGGAGCACCCAUCAUGGAGAACCACGAGACUCUCAUGAAGGACGGUGCCGCUGAUGGGGCAGCCAAAAUCAUGACCAAGGGAGACAUUAUCACCACGGUAACGACGGAGAAAAAGGCAGAGGAAGAGAAGGCGGAGCAGGAGGACGCUCAGAUGGCUGGUGUUGAUACGCAGGACCUGACCGCAACUACACCGCUCAGACAUGACACAAAGUGCUCCUCCCAUAUGUACACAACCGACCCCCUCCGCUCCGAGCUCUCACUCCCCUCAUCUCCCGUUUCAUCACCUAAAGUACGGCGGAGGCGCAGGGAGAACACGCGUAAACGGGCCUCGUCAGUCAGUCCAGCCAAGAGCUCCGCUGGGUGCCGCCGCCGGCAAGCCCUCGACGACCGCAAGGCCGCCCUGCUGGACGAGCAGGUGCUGCUGCUCUCGGCCCGCAAGCAGCGGCUGGAGCAGGGCAAGAGCCGCGGCGGCACACUCUUCUCCUUCUCCCUGCACCUGCCCGAUCUGUCCACCUUGCUGGACGAGGACGGCUACCUCUCCUUUCCCGAUCUGUCCGAGAUGCGCUUCCUCCCCAUGUGCGCGCAGAACUUCCUGCCUAUUAGGUCACCGUCACUCAUCCCCUGCUUCCUCUUCAUCUUCUUCUUCCUGCUCUCCACCUCCUUCUCAGUGCCCUAUGCCCUCACCCUCUCUUUCCCCCUGGCGCUGUGCCUCUGCUACCUGGAGCCCAAGGCAGCCUCCCUGACCGCAUCCAUAGCCCAGGGCUACCAUGACCAUGACAGUUCAGAGGAAGAGGAGACUGACAGUGAGCAAACUGACUUUGCCUUUGAUGGAGAGAUGACCGCCACAGAGUCGGAUGCAGAUGACGACUCUGAGAUGCGGACUCAGUAUAGUUUCAUAAGACGAGUAAAAGGAGAAAAUGUUUUUAUCAAGCAUAGUAAUCUGAUGCUAGAGGACACCUCGCCUCCGGAAGAGAUGGUCAAGCACCAGACCAACAUCAGCGAACUUAAGCGCUCCUUCCUGGAGACGGGCGAAAGCACUCCGGGCCUGACCGAGUGGGAGAAGAGACUCUCCUCGUCCCCUGCGCGCUCACCCAGAGGGGACGAAGCGCCGAUGAUAGAGCCGCUGGAGCUGCAGGAUGAGCAGCCUGCAGAAGAAGAGACAAAGGAGGAGGUAGAAGCCAAAGCCACUGAGGCGGCAGGAUAUGUGGUGGAUAGUAUGGCAACAGAUAUGGCCUCCUCUGGGCCACACGGGAUUAGUCUGUCAAACACUAUGGACGACGACGUCUUCAUGGACGGGAGCCUCAGGGAGGUGGACGAGGUGUCAGAGAGGCCUGAGAUUAAGGUCAGCCCCGGAGCUGUCCGUCAGGAAGUGUUCCAGGCCAUCAGUGACAAGAAAGGGACGCUCAUUAUCUUGAAGGAGGCUGACGAUAAAGGAGACGCAGAGGGCAAAGAGACAAGUGCUGCGGGUGAAGAAGAGGAGCCUGGAGGGGCCGAAACUGAAGAGAACGAAAUGCUGUCUGCCUCCAAAGAGAAAGAAUCUAUUAAAGAAGACACUUCGGUUGUUAUAGAAGCCAAAACCACUGUAGUCAAGAUGCAGAGUCCGAAGAUGGAGAUAAAAACUGAUGACAUGACCCAGAUUAAAGGUGUCGACUCGCCUAAAAAGGCCAUGGCGUCGUGGAUAUCUGAGGAGGUGAAGACCGAGGCUUCCGAGGUCAUCAGUGUGUCGACAAAGGAAGUAGAACAGACGGAGACUACUGAUGCCCUGCAGCAGAAAGAAGAGAUCUUCAUCUUCGAAGAGGUCCAAACAGAGCAGUCAAAGACCAGCCUGUCUCCGAUUACCGUUUCUGAACCCUCAACUUCAACCUUAGCAGUGUCUACGCUGGGAUGGUUUUCCUCCUCUGAAAAGAGAUCCGCUGAACCAGAGGAGAAGAUGGUGGUUGCCACGGAGACGGAGGCAGCACCGGCCGAGUCAACAGGGCCAACGGGUCUUGAUGUCGUCGAGGUGGGAACCAAAGAGGUGCCUGUAGUCCACACAGAGACAAAAACUAUCACCUAUGAGUCUGCAGAGGUUGAGACUAAUGGUGACGUAGACCCCGGGGUGUUACUAAGUGCUCAGACAAUCACCUCGGAAACCAGCAGCACCACGACAACCACACACAUCACAAAGAUGGUGAAAGGAGGAAUAUCAGAGACCAGAAUUGAGAAGAGGAUCGUCAUCACAGGAGACACAGACAUCGACCACGAUCAGGCUCUGGCUCAGGCCAUAAAGGAGGCUAAAGAACAGCAUCCUGACAUGUCAGUGACCAAAGUAGUGGUACAUAAAGAGACAGAGAUCACGCCAGAGGGGGAGGACUGACCCAGGAGUAACACUGAGGGGCUGUUUUCUGUUCAACUUCUCAAACUCCAACAUCCAGAACACCACAUAUUACUCCAGGACUCUCAGAAGACUAGAAAAGGCUCCUACUCUCCUAAUGCUGCAGCCCGCCGCUAGUCGCAGCCAUCACCUGCAAAUUAAAUAAAUGCAUCUUGCAUGAGAAGGGCGCAAUGUUGCAUUAUCAUACAAAUGGCAAGAUUAUACUGAAAAACGUACGAUUUUAAGUGGUUCUCGAUCCCACCUGCACGCCGAAUCUCACUCACUCUUUCUCUUUGUGUGUCUGUGUCUCUCUCUCUCUCUGUGUGUGUGUGUGUGUGUGUGUGUGUGUGUGUGUGUGUGUGUGUGUGUGUGUGUGUGUGUGUGUGUGUGUGUGUGUGUGUGUGUGUGUGUGUGUGUGUGUGUGUGUGUGUGUGUGUGUGUGUGUGUCAAGCAAACGGUUUGCUCCCACUGCCUUAUGACUUUGAUGCAUUUUUAUGAUUAUUGAGGAUAAUUAUUGUAGCAACGUUUUAUUUAUGAAAUAAAGCCAUCACUCCAGGAACCUAAAUCGCUGUAUAUGUUAGCAAGCAUACGCUAUUUAACCUUGCUGUAGAAGUGCCAACCUCAUUUGCCAGCAAGCAUUGCCUCACUUACUCCCAACAAGCCGAUGAUUUUUCCGUCUGGUAUGCCACUACUAUAGAAAUCACUACAGCCCAGUUCUGUACAUAUCGACGCUCUCCUAGGAGAAUAGCAAAUUAUCUUUCACAGUUGAUUUUUAAUUCACGUCUACUUGAAUUGCAUUUUAACUUUUUAUGAUCAUUUCAGUAUUUUAAUCGUUUUCCUCAUCGAUUUUAUUCAACCAAGAAAGGUCUGUUUUAUGGCAAAUGCCAAGGAAUCAACAUUUCUGUGCAAGAAAUUGAUUUGUAUGUGCCUGUGCGGGCUUUGAAUGUUCUCCGGUGGGUAGAUGAUCGGCUGCAGCACAAGUCCCAGGUCUGUGUGACUGUGAGGGCUCAGACUGCCAAGCUCUGCUCAAAUUAGAUGCAAAGCCAAGAGAGAUCUGUCCACCCCCCCCCCCCCCCGUCCCCUGAACAUGUCAACUAUAUGCCUCCCUCAUCUGUGUUCCAACUCUAUCUGAAUAACCGAUUAUUGUUCGUGUACAGCCAUGUUUUCAUCGAAAAUGGCGAAAUAAAAGUGGCAAAUGCAUUUGUUUUAAUUUGCUGUUUUCUUCUCAUAUAAUAAAAUGUUGACCACA